AUGAAUAAACGUAAAUCAAUCGAUUCCUCGUCAGUUUUUCUCUCUACAAAUUGUUGCCCUUCUUCUUCAAAUACUACACCGACUGUCUCAACUGCUGUAACAUGUUGUCAACCCUUUUAUACAUUGGACAAUUCUUCUAGUCGUACUACAAAUCCCCGUAUUCAAACUCGUCAACAACGUUUACAUCGUCAAAAACUAGAAUCGACAUUUGAUCAACAUUUAAAAUUUCUCUAUGCACAAUUAUGUGAAUUUCAACAACAACCGUCAUCAACAAACGUUGUUUAUAACCAUGAUUAUGAAGAACAACUACAAACACUAUUCGACAAAUAUCAACUAGAUUGCUUAAGAUUGAAAGCACAUUACAAAAUUGAAAAUGAACGAAUCAAUAAACGUUAUGAUAAUGAAAUUAAACAGUCUCAACAAACUUAUUUAAUGAAAAAAUAUGAAUUAAAAGAAUUAUUGUUAGAUCGUUUGAAACGUAAACGAAAAUUAUUAGAACAAGAUAAAUAUUCCAUAGAUAUACAUUCGAAAAGUUUUGAUUACAAAACAUAUCCACUUAUUGGGGGAAAUUGUAUAAGUACAAAAGCAUAUAAUUUUAGGUAAGAUAACACGGAAAAACAAUGAAUAUUUGAUGCGAAAAAGAAAUAAAAUCGAAUAACCUACGAUGCAAAAGUAAUUGUGGAAAUCUCCAACCAUGGUUCUCCGCUCAGGAACAUUGUACAAAGUGCAUUCUCUUUCUGAUUGAAAGAGCAAAGUCUGAACUUCAAAAAACAUAGAAAACAAGAUUUUUGUAAUUGGCUUUGAGGAAGAAAAAAGUACGAUACUAAAUGUCGCUAAAACAGCUCUUGCAUCUUCUGUCCUCUUCAAACGUAUCUCUCGCAUCAAACCUGUUUUUCCCUAUACAGAAUACGUUUGAAAUUAUAUAAUCAUAAAAACUAGAAGUGCUUUUAUCACUCUUUCAAAUAGGGUAUGAUAAAU